AUGUUGUUUCUCGGUAGUUACAUUGAUCUUUGGCCCUGCACUUCUAAAGAGCUUGAUCAUUUAGUCAGACAAGAGUUGCUUGUGAAGAAUAUGAAUAAGAAAGUAGAGAAGACAAUUCUACCUCAUGGAUCUGGAGCUGUAGAGUUUGCUAGUUCUGCAAACCCAGUGGCAGCUUCUGCUUUGAACACCUUCCCAACCAGCUUGCCGAUUUUUUACGGUAAAUCCCUUUUAACCAACUCCAAGUUGUCCAACACCCAAUGUGGAUGUUGUUCUGUCAAUGUUUGCAGAGUGACUUACCAACAGCUCAAACUGUUAAGCAGAGUUUCGUUGCUAAAAGCAAUUGCUCCAGGUCAAAACGAUCCCUCAGGACAAGAAGAAGAUGAUACUGCAACCAUACAGAGCCAGCCUCUACCGACAGAUGUUUUCAGACUAAGGCAAAUGCGUAAAGCUCGAGGGAUCUUAACAUCAUCACAGACACCUACCGGUUCCACAUCACAUGGUAGUGCAUUCUCCGGUGAGCUAUCUGGUAGCACUGGCUAA